AUGGCUGAUUCGGAGUAUUCAGACACCGAGUAUGACAGCCCGGCAAGCUCCCAGGCUGUCGUCAAGGUCGAUUUCUCCCUAACCUCGUGGUGUACUCGGACUGACAGUCAACAGGACGCGCUCCUAGCCCCGUUCCGCGUGUUGUUCUCCAAGACGGCCCUCCGCAUAUACCUAAACAUCAUCCUGUUCAGCGGCGCCACGCUGCUUCUCCUGGGCAUCUCCGGGAUCGCCUACACCAUAUUUUACAUGAACUUCAUCCCAACCGUCGGAGUUGAUCGCGUCGUCCAUCUGCAACAUGACCCCAAACAACACCCAUGGGGCACUGCUUCCUUCGAAUCAGAAUUCGUAUCUUCCCAGCCCUACGAUGUCGCCGUGGUUCUCGAUAUGCCGCGCACGCCCAAGAACCUCGACGUCGGGAACUUCAUGGUCGAUCUCACUCUCUACGCACACCAAAUAGGAGGAUCUGUGAUCCCAGUUGAGACCAGGAACCCGAUUUCGCAGUCCCGCCGACCGGCCAUCUUGACUUAUUCCUCGCCGCUCGUGGAUCUCGCACGGAGGGUGUUGCGUCUGCCGCUUUACCUAGUUGGAUGGCGCAGGGAGGCCGAGAUACUGGAGGUGCCGAUGAUGGAGAAAGUCGAGUUUGCGCGUGGUACAAAGAACUUGCCGCAGAACUUACGACUUGAGAUCCAGAGCUGGAGUGAGGUGCAAAUAUACUCUGCGCGGGUGGAAUUCCGGGCUAGAUUUACAGGGCUACGAUGGUGUAUGUAUCGCUGGAAGCUUACUUCCUUUGUAGUAUUCAGUUCUCUGUUCUGGACUAUCUCGAUGGGCUCCGCUGGUUUGACUUGGUUCGUCUUGAGCUUGGUUUUGCAACCCGCUCCCAUCGAAGAGCAGAUCAAGGAAGAAGAAACCGAGCGAGUGAAAGAUGAGCCCGAAGAUGAUGACUCCUCUAGUGAGCAUGUCAAGGUCAAGGAGGAAGAACCCGAGAGAAUGCUGCAGAGCUACCCACGCGCUGGCGAUGAGGCAGCUCAAGGUUCAGGCCUUGAAAGCGCAGAGGCGCGAGGCAUGCAGAAACGGCGGAGUCGGUUACUCGAGGAUGACCAUUAA